AUGGCACCUUACUCAGGAUGGAAACGUACAGCUGUGUACCUGACCGGCUUAGUCGCGACACUCACAACCUUUUUAGUUGCCAUGCUCUUCGUAUCCCUCUUUGCACUGAAAAGAGAGAAUGGUUCUAGAGGCAGCGGCAGCAAACGUGCGGAUGCUCUUGGCCAGAGCAUCCUUCACGAAGGCAACUGCGAUACAACCGCCAAAGCAAACCUUUGGAUCCAUUUAGCUAUCAACGUUAUCGGCACAGGCGUCUUGGCGUCGUCCAAUUUCUUCAUGCAGAGUCUUGUGGCGCCUACGAGAAAGGAAGUAGACGCUGCGCACAAAGAGGGACAGUGGCUUGAGAUUGGUGUUCAGUCUCUAAAAAACAUUCGCUAUCUUGGCUGGCGAAAGGUUUUAUUCUGGUCAUUGUUUUCACUUAGCUCAGUCCCGCUGCACCUCGUCUUCAACGGUUGCGUGCUCGAAUCAAAAAGCACAAAUGGCUUUACUCUGCUCCUGGGUGCUGAGAGCCUUAUCAAUGGUAGUUGGCAGGGCCAGGCUCCUAUCGUGAAACCUGACCAGCAAAGCUAUAUCGACAGAGGUAGGGGCGAGUAUAUGAACAUGGAGAGUUUAAAGCGUAUAAACGCGUCUAUAGCUACCGGCAGCUGGGAGAAGAUCACUUUUCCGGAAUGUAUGAAGCGAUACAACGACCCGGGGAAGUCCUUGACACAUUGGCGACACCUGAUAAUGGUCAUUUAUGACUACGACGACCUGUGGCGUAACUCAACAGAUGGAUGGAAACUCAGCCAAGUCUACAAGAACACGACCAACAUGACAGAUAUAAACGCCGUCAACACUCUAUGGGCAGUGGACGGGUUUACACGCACCGGCGACAAGAAUAAAUAUGGUAAUGGUGCCAUAGCAGAGACAUAUCGAUAUUAUUCCAAUCUUGAUGGUGAUUCAUGGAAAGCCUCUUUCCGACAAACCCCUACUUGGGAAAUGUCGGGUCUCAUCAACUUUCUCGACCCCACAACUGGCAUACUCGUCAUGGACCCUAAAGCAUACAAAUCCCAGUAUAGAGUUAUGCUGGUUGAUCAUUGCUGGUCUGAAAAGUACCAAGCGCCGUGUCGAUUGACUAUAGCUAACAGUCUUCUUCUUAUUGUCUGUAUCAUGUGUGCACUCAAAUGCACGCUUUGCUUCUUAGUUCUUAAGCUUCGCGUGUGGGGGGACGAUAACCCUCUAAUGACACCGGGAGACGCUAUCGCUUCCUUCAUAGCAAGACCGUGCGAGGAGACAAGGGGCAUGUGCACGCUGAGCUUGGAAGAUCUCAAGAAACGACCUGCCAACACAGAACUUGCACUUGGCGACACGACGCAGGGAUACAAGGUGCUGCAAGGCCCCCGGCAAUGGCAAAGAACGUCUGUACGCAAGUUUGGAAAAGCAGUGCCCCGAAAUAUUUGGAUUCUCUCAUCCCUCCUCAUUGGAAGCUCCCUCAUUGUGGCAGCAACAAUGUUAGGAAUAUCUGUCAGGGGGCAAAGCGUGAGCGAUGCACGCUUCGGCCACUCUCCCACUAACGAAGAAGUCCGCAACGAUACACUGGAAGGCUUUGCUCUGCUACCACUUACUAUGGUAGCUAACUUGCCACAACUUAUCUUGUCGAUAUGUUAUCUGGCCUACAAUGGGCUCUUCACACGCAUGCUGGCUGAGUUUGAGUGGUCAAAGUAUAGUGUCGGAUUCCGAUCCUUGCGCGUUACUGAGCCAAAGGGGAGUCAAAAUUCGACGUACCGUUUGCAAUUGCCAUAUAGGUUCUCUAUACCACUGGUCAUCGUAAGCAUUGCACUGCACUGGCUCUACUCUAACUGUAUUUAUGUGAGUAACUACGAAGCAUUAGCUCCCGGUUAUCCUUAUACCAAAACGGUCACGAUUGGUUUGCAGUUUUCUUCCAAAGCCAUCUUGGUGUCAUUUUUGAUAUCGGUUUGUGUCGCAAUCACGCCGAUCUUCCUAGCCAAUGUCAAAUUGCCAGGGAUAAUUGUAGUUUCAGGCGGGAAUUCGGCGGUAAUCUCAGCAGCAUGUCACUAUCCCUCGAGGAAACUCAAAUCACUGAGCCGCGCCACUUCGAAAUACAGCCUCAGAGGCAACGAGUACGACAACAUGAGCGCUAGGCUAAUUGUGGAUGAAGAUGCGGAGGAACUCGAAGAUGUGGCGAGGAAGAAGGUCAAAUGGGGAAGGCUGUCGACAGGGAAGAGUGAGGAUAGUCAAGUUGGCCACCUAGGAUUUGGGACGGAGGAUCAAGAUGUUGAUAAGCCGGUAGAGGGGGAGCAUUACAGCGGCCUUUGA